CUGCACCUGCCUGAGGAGGGAGUAGGAAAGAAAGAAAGGAAGGAGGGAGGGGAAUGCUCUCUAGGUGAGACGACGGACAGCUGGCAUCUGAUUGGAAAAUACCUGUUGAAAUGCUGCCAGGGAACAGCUUUGCCGUGAAAGGAUUCCUCCCGCGGCGCUUCCACCGGGGAAGGACCGCGCGGCGGCUCUCGCUCCCGUUCCUUGCCUGUUGCCGGCCGUUGGCGGCAGCUCCGCUCCCUGUGCCGGCCCAGGACAUAGCGGCCUCCCUGGUGUCAUACCUGCGGCUGCUGUCGCUGGAGAAGCCUGUUACCAGCCUUAUAAAAGGUCACCAGCGAGGUCUCUACACGGUGUCGCUGGCGCGUGGUGCCCAAAGAUGCCGAAGUCUGUAGGUUUGCGCUUCGGAGCAUUCCGUGCACGGGCGUUGGUGAACAGGGAGCUGCACGAGGGAGAAGGAGGACACGGGAGAGAUUCGAUUCAUUUCGCCGUUCUCGGCUUCCCUGUUGCCUUCUGGAGGGCGUUGUCCCGCAGAGUCACCUGCAGGCAAAGCAAACCGCAGAUCCGGGAUUGAAUCAUCCAUAAACAAAAGUUCGUGAUAAAGCCAAAGUCAGUAACUCCACUAUUUGGGGAACUGGCAUGAUAAUAAAAUAUUUGAAGUUCCAAAAGUCAAUAUUUUCUAAAGCAAAUGAGUCGGAAAGGCAUUCAGAUGAAGGCCUGAAUGGCUUGAUAGGAAGUUUUUUAAGUGUAUGUACCAAAUGCUGUUCCAGAAUAGAUCAUUUAACAGCAGGCUUGAUUGCUCAAGUAAUAUUCCAAUUGUUCUUUGACAAUGUUUAGAUAAACAUUGAUAAAUUGAUAAAAUUUUUAUCAGCCAGCAAGCAAAUUUUGUUAAUUUGAUUGGUAUGUAAUACUGCUGAUGUUGAUUAGGCAUUAAUAACUAACUGCAAUUAGCAAAGCUGGAGGAAACUUUGUUUCUUACCAGAGAAACUGGAAGUUCACCUUUAGAUCAGUUUCAGUUCUGCAAACUGCACCUUGGAUAGUAAUCUCUUUUUCUGAUAAAAGAUGUUGAGUCACACACAAGGCCAAAAUAAACUGUUCUUUAGAGCUUGGUAUAUGACAAUUAGAAUUACAGAAGGCAAGCCUUUAAGGAGAGAGGAGGAUUCUGAGGAGAAAUAGAGAUGGCUAAGGAUUCUGUAGUUAAGGCAAUAGGAGGAGUUUUAAUAAAAUUUCUCUAGUUGACUUUAAUAAAAUCCGCUACUUUCACUUGAUAAAAUGGAAAAGGUGUUAGGCAUGUGGAUUUCGUGUGCCUUUACUGAAUCACUGUUGUGAGAUCCUGGAUCCGAAUCUCACUGAAUUAUUGAUAUGGGUCAGAACCAACUCACUGUGAGUGUGUGUGUGCAUGUGGGGAAGGGCUGGGCCUGGACCUGCAGAUCCCUGAUAAGGCCUGCGCAUAAGGCCUGUGCUGAGGGUACAAGGCAAAGCUGGAAGGCAAGGCCUGCAGCCCAUGCAGAGCACAGGGCAUCACUGAAGGCCCUUCAGUUGGGCUGUCAGUCAAGGCAGACCUGACUGGUAGCCUGUCCACACUACACGCCUGCAGCCUGUGACUGGCCACAGCAAAACUCACUCUAGCCUGGAAGGCACUGACUGGAUAUCCUGCCUGGGAGGGAAAAACUGAACUCUAUAAAUACUUCAUAUGGUCUCUCCCUCCCUCCCUCUGGUCUCUCCUGCAGCCUGAACCAUGUGAGUUGGUAACAAUUUCUUUCCUCUUCUCCUCCUUCUCUCUUCUCCCUCUCCAGCUGGUACCACGUGAAUCAUUGAAUCUUGUCAGAACCUAUUCUCCACUCCUUUCUCUCUCUCCUUUCUUUCUGUCUUUCUUUAUUUAUUCUUUCUAAUCUGUUUUCUUUUACUCUUUUCCUUCUCUUGUAGGUAACUUAAAACCAAUGAACUGCAUUUUACUAAAGCUGUUGAAUGGAUUGUUUAGUGGGUGUUUUCUGUGGAAUGGGUCUUUGUGCUGAAUGUUUUAGCGAUAUACUUUUUUUCUUGGUUGUAUUUUACUCCUGUAAAAACCUUUUGCCAAAUAUCCUAUUUUUCUCACUAAAUUAAAAAGAAUUUCUCUCAGAGAAGAGCAUAUGACUCUUUCUCUGGAUGCUAAUUAGAGGUUAUAAUGAACCAAAAGGCCUUUAAAAACUCUUAAAUAAAAAUGUAACCGCUCUGGUCAUAGAGCUUUAACCGUUUAUAGCUUAAUCCAGAGUGCAACAACUUUUUCAGAAUUUACACAGAAAACUGGUUAACAAUAGCUGAAUUUCUAGGAUUCUCUCUACUUAAGAAGAUGGCAUCUUUUUCAGAAAGCCCUACAUUGCAGUCAGUGAGCAGUGGAUCCUAUGUGCACCUUUGGGAAAAGGCUUGCUAGAGUCUGGAAAUGCCUCACAGAAGCUCAGAGCCAGGAAAACAACAGUUAUUGGAAACCUAAGUAGGAGACAAGCUGAAAUACAGGGUAUACUGCAUGUUCUAGAAGUGAUAAUGAUGAUUAUACUUAGAAGUUCUGUGUUUGGAACUCUCUGAUCCUUUUGUCUGCAUCCCCACUGGUGUCUGAAUGGGUUCCUUGUUAGUUUUGUGAGCACUAUGAGAGAGCAGGUGUACUUCCUGGGUGCCCAAGUCAUUUCCUUAUACUGAGGAAGACCUAAGGCUUACUGCUGUUUUCCCUCUCUCCUCUACGGCUGUCUGGUUUCUGCUGGAGAGAGACCUUGCAGAUGGGUGGGAAUCAAAGCACAGUUCCAUAGGUUUUGUAUCUGGGUGGUCAGGAGCAGGUGCUGUGUGUACACAGUGAAAUGUAUUUGCUCCAUACUUUAGAUCUUGCCUCUGGAAAGUAAUCUUGAAGGUUUUUCUUUCCAACUUCCACAGAAUAUAUUAUUAAUUUGGUGGCUGAUUUUUUUUCCUUUAUCCCAGUAAGAAUUUUACUAUGAAGUGCCUUAAUGUUUAGUGAUACCCAUAACAUGUUUCAAGUUUAAUGUAUUGAGGAAUACUUGAUAUCCAGGUGGCUCAGCCUGCAAGUUGAAAUACAAACUGGGCUCUGGGUGGGAGCACAAGAUGAGGCCGUGAACUGCCGGCUUUGUCAGCAUUCUGAUAACAAAGGAGAUGAAAACAGGUGAUGCCAGCGAGGUGGAUGGACAUGGAGAGGGGAGGCAGGAGGAGAAGACAGAGAAGGAAGAGCCAGAGUGGUGUGUGGGGGAGACUAUGAGGGUAUAAAAAAAGCCCAGGUGUUCUAGGCUCAGGGCUUGUUCUUGGAGGAACCGUCUUGAGUUGUUGUUGUGUUACUGUGCCAGGAAUAAAUUGCCUUGUGGAACGUCUUAGACUCUGCUGAGGGAAACUUUGGGUUGAACUGGUAAGGAAAUAUGGUCUGUCUGUGUGUGAGUGGGGUGAGUGAGGUGUGUAGGGAGUCAAGUGGGAUGCCCAUCAGCUCUUUGGAGCCACUCACUGUGAAGGGCCUUUGGUCCCAGGAGUGAAAGUCUCUGGUUCUUGUAAGAAUGACCGCUAGUGAGUCUCGUGAAUGAUCAGACUGGGAAAUUUUAUUAACAAAUGAAGCAUUAAAAAAUGAGAAAUGAGAAACUGCUCUCAUUGGAGGAAGUUAUCUGUUGACAAAUCAAAAUAGAACUAUGUGAGAAAAUCUGAGCGGGCUGAGUGGAUUGACUAACAACAUUCAGUUUGGAUAAAUGCAGACAAUCCAGGCUGAAAGAAAGAAUGCUUGUUACACUAUUUUUUCCCUGCUUUUUAAUAUUUCUAAAUUCCAUAUGUCCACUUUGGUGUCAUCUCUAUAAAGUGGAAAAUUACCUGUUUAAAUUCAUCUCUUAUCAAUGUGGUGAUGUACCAUGUAAAAAAAAAAUUUUAAUUUUUUCUUUCUUAAUUUACAUUAGUGAUACAGCUUAAUUUGGAGUAACUCAUGCUUACUGAUCACCUCAUUCAAGAAGUAUGCCAGAUGUAGAUUUGGAUGUUAGAAAAAGUGUUUAAGGGCUAAGGAAAAACUUUAAAUUAUUGUGGAAAAAUGGAAUGGUGUAAAAAAUAAGAUGCCUAAAAUAACACUGAACCAAAAGCAUAACAGCUGAAUUGAAAAAUCAAAAUUUAUAAAGGGCAAUACUUUUUAUGUGCCGUAACUGUGGUUUGGAUUUUAUUUCUCUGGGAAUCUGCUGAGGCUGUUGCAGUAUUGCAGAGCAGUGGGAUACUGAUAUGAACCCCAAGAAAAUCUGAAUCUGUCGUUAAGUCUGUGACACUUUGUAAGGGAUUGUCGGAAAAUAAACUUCAGCUCAGACUCAAUACAGGAAUAUAAGCGUUAAUCGGCUAGUCAGAGAAGGAAAAGGGCCACUAAGAAAACAUAUUUGGAUGUAUUUGGGAGAAGCUGGGUGCGCCACCGCUCCCUGCUGUCCGUGUUGCUGAGCUAUAGUAUGUGGUUGCUGCAGCAGAAAAAGGCAGCAGCUAGUCGGGGAAGAAGGCCGGGGGGUCCCAGCACUGUGAGUGACACAUCUUUUCGAAGCAGCUCGCUCUCCUUGCUGCCCUCGUUCCCCGGUGGCUCAGGAGCGCUGGGCAGAGCGAAGCCGGCGGAGGCUCCGCUCCGUGAGGCGGGGGCAGAACGCGGCUUCCCGCGGCCUCGGGAAGGAGCCGCCCCGCUCCCUGCGGGACUCGUCCGCCCUUUCGGUUUCGCUUCUACCAGAGCGGGCGGUGCUGCGGGAAACGAAACUUCGUGCGACGCCAGGCUGGGCUGCACCGCUCCGGCUGCUGGAGCUGCGGGUCCUGGAGCUUCUGCUGCGGCUCGCAGGUUCACAAUUGUGGUCAAAAUAAAUGAUGUGGAAUAUGGUACAGGCACUGGUAAAAGUAAGAAAGAAGCAAAAAGAAUAGCAGCAAAAAAAACGUGGGAAAUGAUUGAGAAACAGAAUCCUUCAAGUAUGGGUGCUGUAGAAUCAGCAACAACUCAAACAAUCUCAUCACCUGAACCAGACAGAAACUAUGUCAGUCUAAUGAAUACUUUUGGACAAAGGACACGGCUAAAAGUUGAUUAUUCUGAAAGAAAUUUUACUGGAUAUGCCCAUGCUCCCAUAUUUUCUUGUAGCUGUACAAUUAGUGGUCAGGUGUAUGGAAGGGGCACUGGACGUACUGUAGCUGCUGCAAAACAAGCUGCUGCAAAACAAGCAUUUGAGAAGGUGGAAAUUGAAAAAUCUAAUGGCAAUUCAAUACUCAGUAAUUCCUCUCAAGUGCCAACUCAGUCUGAUUCGAUCAGUAUUUCCUUUGAAGACUCAGCCUCAAUGUUGGUAGAAAAAAUGAAAGACAUGGCAGUACGUGAAAAGCUUUCACCCUCUCAGAGAAAUGCACAGAGUUCUGCCCUGAAGUCCAAAAGAAAAUUGGCAGCUAAUUUUCCUAAUGUAAGAAAAGAGGAAGAGAACAAAAAUAUGUCAGAUUCAGAUGAAAGUUUGCCAGAUGUGGACAUGAAUACCAGAAAAGGGAAUGGAAAUCCACACACUGUUGAUAAAACAUUUCUUGAUAAUUUUAAAAAUAUAGAGCCUAUUGGUAAAGGUGGUUUUGGGAAUGUUUUCAAGGCAACAUCAAAGUACGAUAAGACAACCUAUGCAAUCAAACGAGUUGAAUUCACAAAGAAAGUAAGGCGUGAAGCAGAAGGACUGGCAAGACUUACACAUGAAAACAUAGUGCGGUAUCAUUGCAGCUGGAAAGGGUACGACCAUAUAACAAGUCGAGAUGCAAGCCUGAAUUCAGACAAAACAACUCGCUGUCUUUUCAUCCAAAUGGAAUUCUGUGAAAAAGGGACCUUGGAAAAGUGGAUUAGAGAGAAUAGAGAAGACCAAAACUAUCAUGAAAUGGCACAAAACAAAUUUUUACAAAUAAUGAAAGGAGUGGAAUAUAUUCAUUCUGAAAAGUUAAUUCAUCGAGACCUCAAGCCUCCGAAUAUAUUCAUAUCACAUGAUGAUAAAAUAAAAAUAGGUGACUUUGGUCUUGUGACUCCUGUGGCAUAUGAGACUCUGACUAAGAACAUAGGAACAAAAUCAUAUAUGGCACCAGAACAGUUCGGGGACAGAUAUGGAAAGGAAGUAGAUAUUUAUGCACUGGGACUAAUUUGGUUUGAAAUUCUUUCAGCACUUACUAAUCAUGAGAAAAAUGAGGUAUGGCCUUCUGUUAGAGAAGGUAAUUUUCCAAAGAGUUUCACCAACCAAUUUCCACCAAAGGCAUCCAUAAUCAAAAAGAUGCUUUCAACAGACCCUUCCAAGAGACCCUCUGCAACUCGAAUACUUGAUCUUGUUAAGUCUGUUGAUAAAGAGAAGUCACUUAAAAAUUAUACUUGUUAAAUGCCCUUUUAAAAGGCUUUCAGGCUGUGUUUAAAUCCAGAGUUUCAUGGAUUUAUUGAAACUGACAAAAUAACAAUAGAUGUAAGAAGCAACAGCAAGACUUGGGGUAUGUCUUUUCCUUGGUGCUUUGCCUUCCUGCCAUCGGCGAGUCUGUCAGCUCGAAGGCCACAUCACCAUUCAUGUCCACUGGCUGCAGACCAGGACUGGAUACUUCGGCAAGAAAUCGCUUGCAAUUUUUACCUGAAAAUACAGGUUGUGGAUGAGCUGAACUGUAUUCUACAAAUAAGUAAAAGAACCUAGUCCUUUUCUGUUAGAAGAUUAUGUUCAUGGGCUUAAGUGCUAACUGGCCUGUGGCAAAUCCCUGGAUGUGGUGCUGCAUCCAUUAUUCUUUGAGGUUAUCUGUUGCUUUCCGUGGAAGAAGUGCUGUCUUCUGGUAUGUGACUCAAACCUUUCUGAUUUUUCAGUGAUACUUUUAAUAAUUACUGGAAUGCUCCCAUUAAAACUAAGACUAGUUUUGGUAGAAAAGAUACUAGGAAUAGGCACGGGUUAUUCUUCACUGAAUUUCAGUACUGUAAGGUGAGCUUUCUUAUCUGUUUACAUCUGUUGAUGACCUAGCACCUUCAGUGCUCUAAAAUUUAAUAAGAGAUACUUUUAAAGUAAGCACUUAUUAAGAAUUUAAAUGUUAAAUGUUCAGCUUCCAGGAAAUCUACUUGAGAAAGUUCUAAACUUCUGAAAAACUUGGGUUUUGAUGGUUUGGUUUGGUUUUAUUUUUUUUGAAAGGAACACUUAAGGUGCUAUUAAUAUAGCAAAAUUCUCCAGAGUUUCCUCAGUAGUAAUCAUUUGAAGUCCUAUGCUGAGAGAGCACUUUUAACAUUCCUUCCUAUGCUGCUAGGUUUUAAUCCCUAUUAUAAUACUGAGGAAUGCCUAACCCUUAAUUCAGUGUACUGAAUACCUCUGGUGGUUCCACUGUCAGCCCCACAAAAGUUAACAGCAGUUUUUCUGUUACUCUUCAGUUAUAUACUUCAAAGAGUUCAGAGUUGCCUGAACUCAAAGUAUUGUGUGUGCAGUGGUGGGGAGCAGGGUGAAAAGACAGGCAUGUUAGUCCUUCCAACUGCUUGCCUUUGAGCUGUAUCUUGUCAAACUGUUCAGUGCUGUAGAGCCAACAUAACUCUAUAAGAGCAAAUGAAGAGAGAUUUCUAAUCAGAAAAAUAGGUAAAGUACUGUAUGCCUUUCCUGAAAUGUUAAAUGUCAACCCAAGUGGGUGAUUGCUUAAAAGGAAUAAUGUAAAUGAAUGCAUGCUAAUUUUUAUAAUCUUAUGCAAAUUAUUGCUGUUCUACUGUGAAUAUUUGUUGCUAAAUAAGAAUCUGAAUGUACAUACUUUUGUAAGGCCUUAAGCAGUUCUGGGUUUUUUUCUCAUUAUCAUGAAUUAUACAUAUAGAAUCAUAGAAUGCUUUGGGUUGGCAGGGACCUUAAAGAUCAUCCAGUUCCAACCCUGCUGCCCUGGGCAGGCACACCUUUCAGUAGACCAGACUGCCUUGAACACUGCCAGGGAUGAGGCAUCCACAGCUUCUCUGAGCUACUUACUCCAAUGCCUCACCACCCUCACAGUAAAGAAUUUCUUCCUAAUAUCUAACUUCCAGUUUGAAGCCAUUCCCUUCCUCAUCCUACACGACAUGCCCUUGUAAAAGUCCCUCUCCAGCUCUCUUGUAGGUUCCCCUGGAUGGCUGCUGUAAGGUCUUCCCAGAGCCUUCCCAUGGGCUAAUUAGUAUUUCUUUGCAGUGGUCAAGAUCUGUGAGAAAUUAUAUCCUCACCCACAUAUAUUACUAGUUACUACCCACUUUCUCUUCUCUUUUACCCAUUGAGAUAUAAUUGCCAUAUAUGAUUUUACUAGAUCUUAAAAGGUCUUUUCCAAACUGAACAAUUCUGUGAUUCUAUAAAGCUAUUCAUAAUAUGAGGGUGGAUAUGUGACAAUCUUUUGUCUGAAUAUCCUUUACAGUUUUUGGACAGAGCACCAAUUAUCUUCUUCCUGUUACGUAAUAUCGAGCUUGUCCCAGUAGUUUUGAUACAUUUUUCCUCAACAGUAUUUGUAUACUUCAGCAGUACCUUUUUAUUAAUGGCUACUUACAGUAGCAACUGCUGUUUCCUAAAAAUAAAAGUUCUACUAAAAUGUAUUUUUAUAUUAAGAAAAUGAAAACACAACAUCAUGAUUUAGUUUUCUUUAGUUAUGUAAAAUAUGCACCUUCACGUACAACAGAAUAUUGGUUCAAAUAACAUCACUGUAAUAUUUCACAAACUUCUUUUUUUCCCACCAAGUUUAAGAUAGUAAGCAAAAAGAAUCUGAUAUUUAUUCAUAUCCAUAAAGAUGAAAAACCCUGUUUAACACAUUAUACAACAAGGAGAUUGCCAAUAUUUGUUCCCUUACUCAGACCUGAAUUUUAUUAUUGGCUCAUCUUGUUCAGUUGGCUGGGGCAUAAAAAAAGAUGUGGAAGGCUUAACCUACCUCUCAAUUAUGGUAGUUUAAUUAUAAAUACAAAGUUUUAAUUCCUAUUAAACUGUGCAUCAAACAGAAAAUGUGAGUUUAACCUGUCAACCUAACUCUUCUUCUGUGUACUUUGGUGUGAAUUCUUGAGUAUAACACAGCUCCAAACCUUCUAAAAGAUAUUAUGGAUUAUACAUACUUAUUUAGGACUCCUUCCUUUAGAAAGGUUUUAGUCAUGAUCUGCAGCACUGUCUCCGGGACAGUUUGAAGAUAAAUCUUCAGAGUCUAAAGGAUAAGCAGAGAGAAAGUGAGUAAUUCCAGCUCAGAGGAGAAAAAAUGAUUGCUAGAAAUAUUUGUAGAAUCCAUGUAAAACAGAUUAAACAGAAUUCAAGGUUUACAAGAUAUUAACUACUAAAUUUGUUUUAAAACAAGGAAAAAAAUUCCAUCCUCUUUGGUGCAGUGGAAAUGUAUAGUUUUCUAAUUGUUUCAGAAACAUAGUAUUAAAUAUCUGAAUUUUGUUUUCUCAAAACUAAAUUAAUACAAAUAGAAAUUCAAAUAAAUUUCAAUAUGGUUGGCUGUG